CGCCGCCCUCCCGCCAUGAGGAAGGAGGUCCUCACCCUGGCCUUCGCCCGCGCCGUCUUCGUGGAGUUCCUCUCCACGCUCAUCUUCGUCUUCAUCGGGCUGGGCUCGGCGCUCAAGUGGCCCUCGGCGCUGCCCUCCAUCCUGCAGAUCGCGCUGGCCUUCGGCCUCGCCAUCGGCUCCCUGGUGCAGGCCUUCGGCCACAUCAGCGGCGCCCACAUCAACCCGGCCGUCACCAUCGCCUUCCUCGUGGGCAACCAGAUCUCCUUCCCACGCGCCCUCCUCUACGUGCUGGCCCAGCUGGUCGGGGCCAUCGCCGGCGCCGGGAUCCUCUACGGCGUCACCCCAGCCAACACCCGCGGCAACCUGGCCGUCAACGCCCUCAACAACAACACGACGCCGGGGCAGGCGCUGGUGGUGGAGAUGAUCCUGACCUUCCAGCUCGCCGCCUGCAUCUUCGCCUCCACCGACAACCGGCGCAGCGGCAGCGGCUCCCCCGCGCUCUCCAUCGGCCUCUCGGUCACCGUGGGGCACCUCGUGGGGAUUUACUUCACCGGCUGCUCCAUGAACCCCGCCCGCUCCUUCGGCCCCGCCGUGGUCACCAGGAGGUUCAGCCCCGCGCACUGGGUGUUCUGGGUGGGCCCGAUCCUGGGGGCGAGCCUGGCGUCGCUGCUGUAUUUCUACGUGCUGGUGCCGUACUGCAUGGCCCUGUCCGACCGCCUGGCCAUCCUCAGGGGCACCUACGAGCCCGAGGACGACUGGGAGGAGCAGCGGGAGGAGCGCAAGAAAUCCAUGGAGCUCACCCCGCCUUAGGAAUCCCGGGGGGCCCGGGGGGGGGUCGGCAGUGCCGGGGGAGGGCUGGAAAACCCCUCGGAGCUCGGCCGGCCCCUCCU